GACUUGUCCGCGUUCGAAACUCGGCAGCCGCUGCUAAAUAAAUUCGGCAUUUCUGCAUCAUUUUCGCUUUCGUCGGCAACCCUCGUUUGAAAAAGGACAAGAACAAUAGAAAACACCAAAAAUCCAGGUGGUUGAAUCAGAAAUCAUCAAUCAUUCGGUUAUUUAUGGACGAUUUGAUCCCGCGAUAGGAAAUUUUUGUGAUCGCACUCUUGCGCCCGAUUCAAGGAUUAAUUGAUUGCGACGUGAUUGCAGCAGCAGAAUUUUAGCAACUCUGGACGGCGGGUGUCUACUUUUGCAAUACGUGGAUCAGCAGCUUGGAAAUGGACGCGGUCGUGUACGCCGACCGCUUUUCGUGGCAGGACUAUCUGGUGUUCAGCCUAAUGCUGCUGCUGUCGGCUGGCGUCGGCGUCUACCACGGCUUCUUCGGCCAGCAUCAAAAGUCCACCACCGAGUACCUUCUUGGCGGGCGCAAUCUGCGAGCUUUUCCAGUUGCAAUGUCACUCGUCGCAAGCUACAUAUCAGGUGUGACCGUGCUAGGAACCCCUGCUGACAUCUACAAAUACGGCUCUCAAUACUGGAUAAUCGUAGUCGGCAUCGCCUGCAUGGGCCUCACCGUCGCCAAAGUGUUCUUGCCUGUCUUUUGUCAGCUGCAAAUCAAAUCUUCGUAUGAAUACCUGGAAAUGAGAUUCGAUCGAAGGGUUCGGACGUUUGCUUCGGUCUUGUUUGUCUUUGACGAGAUUGUCUUUCUGCCCAUUGUGAUCUACGUUCCAGCUCUUGCAUUCAGCCAAGUGACUGGAGUUGGUAUCUACCAGAUAGGAGUGGUUGUGUGUGCUGUUUGCAUAUUCUACACUGUAUUGGGCGGUUUGAGGGCUGUGGUAUGGACUGAUACAUUGCAAAUCAUUCUCAUGUUUACAUCUGUGCUGAUCGUUGUUACCUUAGGCACAGUUUCUAUUGGUGGCGUCCCAGAAGUGUGGGAGCGGUGCCAAGAAGGCGACAGACUAGAAAUUUUUAAUUUCAAUCCAAGCCCUUUCGAGAGGCACACGGUGUGGAGUUUGGUCAUCGGUGGCUACUUUUACUGGACCUCAUUCAACGCUGUCAACCAAACCAUGGUCCAGCGAUACAUGUCUCUUCCGUCAUUGAAGCACGCUCAGAUUGCUAUUGGAAUUUUUACUGUGGGCAUCAUUGGCAUAGUGAGCAUUUGUUGCUACACCGGCCUGCUGAUCUACGCCACCUACCACCAGUGUGACCCCCUGUUGUCUCAUCAGAUUGAGGACUACGACCAACUGCUGCCUCACUUCAUGAUGAAGACUGUGGGUCAUCUGAAGGGUCUCCCAGGACUUUUCAUGGCGGGAAUAUUCAGUGCUGCUCUGAGUUCGCUUUCGACAAUUCUCAACUCUUUGCCCUCUGUGAUCUUGGAAGAUUUUCUGUUCAGCUGCUGCAGCUUGAAACUUUCAGAGUGGUGGGAGCAAUUCAUUGCAAAAGGACUGGUUCUGUUUUUUGGAAUUUUGGCUGUGGCUUGCCUAUUCAUCGUUGAGCCACUGGAGGGUAUUUUGGAGGUUACGACAAGUCUGACUGCAAUUGCUGCAGGAACAUCAUUUGGAAUGUUUGCCCUUGGCAUGCUCUUCCCUUUCGCUAACGGAACGGGUGCUUUAUGCGGAGCUGUCGCUUCUUCUGUGCUGGUUGGCUGGUUGUCCCUGGGCGCCCACUUUGCCUCUCUAAAUGGAUUUUCAAGGCCAAUCUUGCCCGUCUCAACCGAGGGAUGUAAUAUCAAUGAAACACUCAAUUUCAUAACCCCAAGAACAAACGACGAUGUGUUCAUCCUGUACAAAUUGUCAUAUUUGUGGUUGGCGCCAAUUGGUGUGACAACCGUAAUUUCUGUCGGUUUGAUUGUCUCUUGGUUAACUGGCAAGGAGGACAUUGAACUGGCCAAUCCAGACCUUUUCUCGCCCGUGAUAAAAGGGUUUCUUCCCACACUGGGCCAGCGACGCCAAGCGCCCCCCUCAGAGUGCAUCGAAAUCAACUCCAGUGCGAAGGAAAGAAACGCUGUAGACGAAGAGGCAACGACUGUCUCCUGAAUUUGCUCAAAUUCUUAAAUAGGGACCAUUUUAUUUCUCUCUGUUGGCGGCGUCUGGCACGCUAGCUUCGAUGCAUGACAAUAUAUCAUUGAGUGGUCCAGUAGCAUAAAAUCUGACAUUCCAAUUGCUGA